AUGGCUGAAACAACAACUACAACUAAUGAUUUCUCAUCAGAAAUGAUGCUUAGUAUAUCUUCUUAUAUGAUCAAUCAAGUAGAAGCAUCAACGAAUUCAACAUUAGAUUCAAUUAAUAAUGUUGAUGAACCUCCAACAAAAAAAUGUAAAUCAAUAACAAAUGAUAAACCACGUUUACUUGAAGAUCGUAUUGGUUCUAUUCUAUCAUGUUGUAUCUGUUUGGAUCUAUCGACAUUACCAAUAUUUCAAUGUGUUAACGGACAUCUUAUGUGUGCUUCCUGUUUUAAUCAUCUAUUAGCUGAUUGUAAAUUAAAAGAUGAACAAACAACAUGUCCAAAUUGUCGUUGUGAAAUAUCGAAAUCGAAUUGUACAAGAAAUUUAGCAGUUGAAAAAACGAUAUCGGAAUUACCAAUACAAUGUGAUUAUUGUCUUCAAACAUUUUUACGUUCAGAAAUUAAAAUGCAUCAAUCACAAAAUUGUUCCGAUAGACCAACAGUAUGUGAUUAUGCAUUACUUGGUUGUAAUUGGAAUGGACCAUUUCAUACUUUAUCCUCACAUUUAACUAUAUGUGAAUAUCCAGCUAAAAAUGGUUUAGAAUUAAUUGAUACAAUUCGAGCACAAAAACAUGCACAUGAUGAAGAAAAGAAAUGUCUUGAAACAGUAGUAGAUUUACUCUCACUUAAUCAAAUUGGAGUUAGUGAUCUUAUAUUAAAACCAUUUCGAACGGAUGAUUUUGUUGCUAAACUUUAUUUUGAAACAUCACGUUUUACAGCAUUACAAUAUCAAUGGCAAGUACGUGCUCGUAUCAAUGAUAAUAUUCCACAUCCACAUACAACAAUUACACGUUCAUUGAGUUAUCAAUUAGUACUCAAAUCGAAAAUAACUCAAACAAUUGAUUUAAAAUUUUUUCUACUCAAAGGUCCACAUGGUGAUCCAACAACAUUACAAAUUCAACCAAUAAUAUAUCAUUUUGAAUUUAAUCAAAAUAAUACGGAAACAGAAUAUUUGAAAUUACCAAUAACUUCACAAGAAUGUAAUCGUAUGUUAUCAUCAUCAUCAAUUAGUUUUCGUUUACUUAUGGUACAACUUGAUAAACCUUGA